AUGCCGAAGACACCCAAGUCGCCAGCCGUCCGCGAGGCUCAACGCCACAAUCCACUGGCUGAAGAAUACGCACCCUCGAAUCCGUUCCCCACAAAGCAGAAGUCCGCAAAGACUCGGAAGCGACAGGACGAGGAUGAUGGAGACAAAUUUGUAGACAGCAAGAGUUCCCGAAAAAUCUUAGAGUUGGGCCAGGAGCUCGCAGAUGAAGCAGAGAGCGAGAGCAGACCGCAAAGACCACCUAAGGCAAACCCUGCGUUUGAUUUUGACACAAGACUGGAUGAGGGCAUAGAAGAGGCGGCGCAAUAUGACAAUGAAGACGAUGGCUGGGGAGACGAGGAGGAAGAGAUUGUGGAGGAGGUAGAGAUCGAUCCCGAGGACUUGGACACCUUCAACAAAUUCAUGCAGACCGAUGACAAUCCGAUUAGCUGGCCGGGCGCGGAGGCGCAAUCCUCCGGGGGCGGUACUGAUCUAGCAGCGCUGAUUUUACAAAGAAUCGCGGAGAAGGAGUCUACAGAACCGCAGAAGCAGAUACUCGGUGGUGGAGAUCCUGAAGAUGCUGUCGAGAUUCCUGAAAAGGUUGUGGAAGUCUACUCAAAAGUUGGCCUGAUCUUGUCGCGAUAUAAGUCUGGCAAGCUUCCUAAGCCAUUCAAGAUCUUGCCUACCAUCGGCGCGUGGGAAACGCUGGUCGCUAUAACAAGACCUGACCAAUGGACUCCUAAUGCUGUCUACGCUGGAACCCGCUUGUUUGUCUCCUCCAAGCCCUACAUCGCACAGGCAUUUCUCAAUCAGGUUCUCCUUCCCGCAGUGCAACAGGACAUCUUGCAAAACCACAAGCUGAACGUGCACUUAUACAAUGCGCUUAAGAAGGCCCUCUACAAGCCUUCAGCAUUCUUCAAGGGCAUCGUCUUUCCUAUGCUAAUUGAUGGAUGCAACCAACGCGAGGCCACCAUUAUUGCAUCCGUAGUCUCAAAAGUUAGCGUACCCGUACUGCAUUCUGCUGCCGCUAUCCACCGUAUUUGCGAGAUCUCCGCUGAACAGAUGUCUUCUGACCCCGAAGCGGCUGGCCCAGCAAACAUCUUCAUAAGGACACUACUGGAGAAAAAGUACGCUCUUCCCUAUAAGGUCAUCGACUCUCUCGUCUUCCAUUUCAUACGGUUCCGAGCCGCAGGUGCGAGCAGCGCAGACGCUAUGGACACCGGGGGUGGAGAUCUCGGCGGGACAGGGAAGCUACCGGUCAUAUGGCAUCAGUGCUUGCUAGCCUUUGCACAGCGUUAUAGGAACGAUAUCACAGAGGACCAAAGAGAAGCGCUGCUAGAUUUGCUGCUCACAAGGGGUCACCACACCAUCAGCCCGGAAGUCCGGCGGGAACUACUACAAGGUCGGGGACGUGGCACCGUCAUUGAGCCGCCGCCUGUGGGCAUGGACGGCGACGACACAAUGGUCAUGGGUUGA